CUCGGCGGAGCAACAUUACUCAUUCAUUCGCUGGGACUGGCAGGCACGACGUUUGUUAGCACACAGACACACACACACAUAUUACACAGGGAGAGAGAGAGAGAGAGAGAAUAAACUUAGUGGUUCCAAUUGGAUGAUGACACUUGGGUGUUUCAAAGCCCGGUAGCUCGGUUUUAAUUUUGUGUUGUCAAACCUCACCUGCUACCGCUUCCUCGCCAGCCCUUUCUGACCCCCACUUCUUGGGGGGGGGGGGAGGGGUGGGGGUAGGGGGGCAUUUGAGGAAAUACUUUACUUUCUGCGGAUCACCAACCGGUAGUAAGUGAGUGAGUGUGUGUGUGUGUGUGUGUGUGUGCCUCCCUCUCUCUCUCUCUCUGUGUCUCCCCUUCCUCUCUCUCUCACCCCCACCCCCUCCUCCCUACCCCUCCCACAACUGUGUGUGUGUUUGUGUGUGUGUGUGUAUGUGAGAGAGAGAGAGACAAGCGGACCCCAUCACAGUUCGAUAUCAUCACCGCAAUUUUGCUCUGUGUUUUCACGCACCGCUCUUGGCGGAGACUUGAGUGCGUUUGGAACAUCUUCAGCAGUUUUCUGGCGGCGGCGGCGGCGAGCAGAGACAGAGUUGGGGGGUUUUGGGGGGGGGGUGGGGUGGGUGGGACGGGAGAGCGAAGGAAAAGAAAAUCCCAAAUCCAAACAGAAAAGCGUGUUUCCAUGUUCGGUAUUCAGGAAAACAUCCAACGAAGCGGAGGCAGCAUGAAGGAAGAGCCUCUGGGAAGCGGGAUCAACGCUGUCCGGUCCUGGAUGCAAGGAGCCGGCAUCAUGGAUGCGACUUCGGCCGCUCAGAGUGGCGUUGGUCUGGCCCGGGCUCACUUCGAGAAACAGCCGCCCUCCAACUUGCGCAAAUCCAACUUCUUCCACUUUGUGCUGGCUCUCUACGACCGCCAGGGCCAGCCGGUGGAGAUAGAGCGGACAGCUUUUGUGGGUUUCGUGGAGAAAGAUAAAGAAAUCGGUGGUGAAAAGACCAAUAACGGAAUUCACUACAGAUUACAGCUUCUCUACAGCAAUGGGAUAAGGACCGAGCAGGAUUUGUAUGUUCGCCUCAUCGACUCGAUGACAAAACAGGCUAUCGUGUACGAGGGACAAGACAAGAAUCCAGAGAUGUGUCGAGUCCUUCUCACGCAUGAGAUCAUGUGCAGUCGCUGCUGUGACAAGAAAAGUUGUGGUAACAGGAAUGAGACACCCUCGGACCCGGUGAUAAUUGACAGGUUCUUCUUGAAAUUCUUUCUGAAAUGCAAUCAGAACUGCCUGAAGAAUGCGGGAAACCCAAGGGACAUGCGAAGGUUCCAGGUGGUCGUCUCCACAACGGUGAACGUGGAUGGCCAUGUGCUGGCCAUUUCCGACAAUAUGUUCGUCCACAACAACUCCAAACACGGUCGGAGGGCUCGAAGGCUCGAUCCCUCUGAAGCCACCCCUUGCAUCAAAGCCAUCAGUCCCAGCGAGGGCUGGACUACUGGAGGAGCCACUGUCAUCAUCAUUGGAGAUAAUUUCUUUGACGGAUUGCAAGUCAUAUUUGGCACCAUGCUGGUCUGGAGUGAGCUUAUCACUCCGCACGCAAUUAGAGUGCAAACCCCUCCGCGGCACAUCCCUGGUGUGGUGGAGGUCACACUGUCCUACAAGUCGAAACAGUUCUGCAAAGGGACUCCAGGCCGAUUCAUCUACACAGGUGAGGAAUCCCCCACAGUAGUUUACAUUUUUCAAAGGGCCUUCAAAUUACUAUCCCCUAGGCACCCCUCUGAUCCCGAGAAGCUACCAAGAGAGGUUAUAUUAAAGAGGGCGGCUGACUUGGUGGAGGCGCUUUAUGGAAUGCCACAUAACAACCAGGAAAUCAUCCUGAAGCGAGCAGCUGACAUUGCAGAGGCCCUGUACAGUGUCCCUCGGAACCACAACCAGCUCCCAGCUCUCAGUAACACAUCCGUCCACGCAGGGAUGAUGGGGGUCAACUCCUUCAGUGGGCAGCUGGCAGUCAAUGUGUCUGAGUCCUCUCAGGCUGCCAAUCAAGGCUUUACUCGCAACACAAGCAGUGUGUCUCCUCAUGGAUAUGUGCCGAGCUCCACUCCACAGCAGACAAACUAUAACUCUGUGACAACGAGUAUGAAUGGAUAUGGGAAUGCUGGGAUGUCCAACCUGGGAGGCUCUCCAGGUUUUCUCAAUGGGUCUGCUGCCAAUUCGCCAUAUGCCAUAGUGCCGACCAGUCCUACCAUGGCCUCCUCCACCAGCCUUCCUUCAAAUUGUAGCAGUACCUCUGGCAUAUUCUCUUUCUCGCCAGCCAAUAUGGUCUCUGCAGUGAAACAAAAAAGCGCCUUCGCUCCGGUGGUGAGGCCACAGACCUCCCCUCCUCCGACCUGCACCAGCGCCAACGCUAACAGUCUCCAAGCUAUAUCCGGCAUGAUAGUUCCUCCAAUGUAGAUAGAUCCCAUGCCUUGAAGACUGCAUCUAUAUGCUGACAAUGCGAUGAAUUUUGUGCUCCGUGAGGAGAUGAGAUGCAAGUCCCACAGACGAAUGGAACUUUUAACUCAGGCCUUUCAGAGAGGGAUUGUGUAGAGUUAAACAAUCACAGUAACACUUUGUAAAACCUUCAACCUUGCCAAUUCUGAUGAAUUGAAUGCAUGGUGGCAAUUUACACAUUAGGUCCCAUAUAUUUGAGUGGGAAAACUUAAAAAAAAAUUGUUUGUUCUAUGUUGACGAAUGUUCACUUUUUUCCAAAUGCUUAAACCCAAUUUAUUCAUUUCAACUAAAAAAAAAAAAAUGCCUUUUAGAGUCGGAAAGUUCUGGAAGGAACGCUGUAACAGAAUGUGAUGCUUAAUUUAUAAAGAUUUGACUGAGAGAAAUUAAAAAGUAUUUGAAGGUGGAUGAACUGAGUAGCGAUAAUUAUUAGGUGGAAAAAACGUAGAGAGUUUAGAGUGUGAUAGUUGGUUACAACCAGUAGAAUUGCCAGUGCGGUUUUUAACUGUAAAUGGAUUGAAAGAUGUUGAGUCUGGAUAUAACUGUGUCCAAAUUCAGCAUCAACUGUUACAGUGCUAAUGCUGUUUUAUAGGCGAAUCCUCUGCUUGCGGGCUGGUUGAACUGUAGAUAGAAAAGAAACCCAAAACAGGACUUAGGAUUAACACGCAGAGAACCUACAAGUUUUAAUGAUGAUGGUUGACAUUGUGGAAAUUUAACAAUAAACUGACUUGUGGGACAGAGCAAAAGGCAAAAGAAGAGCCUGGAGCUAUUUCAGGAGCAGUUAGAUGCUGUGAUAUGAGGGGUUGGAACUGUAGGUCCUUUCCGAAUGGAUGUGCUGGCCCUGGUUGGAUGGCCUCAGUCACUCAUAUCUGUCCCUUAAGGGUGGGGAAAGAGGGGAGGCAUGAAGGAACAGCAUCAGCUGGUAAUUUUGGAUUUUUCUUUACACUUUCUUCAUUGUGUUGCCAAUACCAAUGCCAGCCAGCUAUUGCCGUGCCCAACCCAUUGCCCAAGCCAUGGCUUUGGUAGGGGUCCAUUGUCUUGUUUCUUUCCUGAAAAGAACAAAAUUGGGAAUACAAGAUGCAACUAUGGAUAAUACAACCAGCACUUCAUUUAAAAAAGGGUUUGUACAUUGUGAAGGACUUUGGAACACGCAAUAUAGAUUUAGCUGCUGUAUUUGCAGGGGUUGAAAGGUAGACAGAAUCAAAAGUACCAGUGCUGUGUGGAGACAAAACAUGAAGGGGGAGUUUUUUUUUUUUUUUGAAAAUUGCUAUUUUGUUAGCACUGUAUUGAGAAUGCUCUUAAUGUACUUUAUCAAGGAUCCAUCAGAGGUCUGAUGAUGCAUUAUCCAAUAAUUUUCCGCUAUAUUGUGUUUGUAUGUAGUUAUAAAUAUUGUAGAUUUUUUGUGAAUUUUUCUUUUGCCAAAGUUGUUGUUUAAAUAUUUAUACAUUUCAAUGUCUUAAAUACAAUUUCCAAUAUUAACAAGGAAUUUUAUUACAUAAACGUAUUUUCUUUCCGUCCCAUUUUUCGUUACUGCAAGGAGUUCACUACUAUUCAUUUCUUUCAUUUGCUUGCACAUCCUUGCGUAAUUAAACAUGUAUUGGUUUAAAAAUGAGAUUUGUGUUUUUUUUUGUAAAAUAUGCUUAUAAAUAAUGUAUUUAUCUCUGGAAAUUUGUACAUUGCUUUGUUUGGAUUGUGUUUUUUUUCCUCUAUUUGUUUAUUCCCUGGGUUAAUUUUAAUAUGUAAGUAUGCUAAGACAUGGGAGGUGUCAACAGACUAAGCCAUUUACAAUUGUACCUGAGUAAGAACUUGUUAAAUGUGAUUUAAAAGUUUUUGUUCGCGUUUUAUAUAUAUAUAAAUAUAUCAUAUUACAUUUCUUUUCAAUUGAGUCGAUAUUGUGCUAAGUAUUGAUUUGGAUCAUCCUCUUUUUUUAAAAGAAGUCAUGUCAGAAAAAAAGCCAUCGUCUAUUUUUAUAUUUUUUUUUGUAAGUUGAACUGAAUCGUCAAGUUUUUUUAAAAAAUUAUGUGGCAGAGAAAAGCAGCAUCUUAUUCAAUAGCAUUUACUUCUGUAGAUUUUAAUAUGGUAAAAUUUUUGUUUUCCUUCAGCUUCUGAAAGAUAGCGCUGUUUUAAGUAUAGUAAUGUGCAUGGGGUAACCUCUCCACUCUGGGCGAUGGCCACUUCCUUUCUGCAUUAAUACAAGGAAGAAAAAUAUCAUUUAAAAUAAAAUUUUCACCUGCUUGUAUUUCUCUCUCUCUCUUGCGCGCUCUCUCUCUCUCCCUCUUUUUGACAUUAAUCAAAAUUCUAUAAACCAGCAGUUCGGAUGCCUUAACAAUGCAAAGCUUAUUCGUUUCAGGUACCCGAACCUGAAUUUUCAAAAAUAAAAAUUAAGAAAGGGAAAUCGUACAGUUAAGUAUUGUUAAAAUGAGGAAUUUGUGUUUGUUUUCUAAAAGAAAAGCACAAUUUUAACUGUUUUGUUACCCUAAGAAAUGUACCUCUUUUGUUGCCAUAUGACCCACACAGGGUGCGACAAGUGCUACAGUCAUGUCAAGCUCCCAGUCUAAUAUUACAAAGGCUUUACAAGGACACUGGAGUCUCACUUGCCAAGUGAGAAACAAAACAAAGAGAAGAAAUUGAGGAUUUUUCUUAGGGGAAUGAAUGAGAACAAGCAAAAGCUGAUGCUUGGGAAAUGGAAUAAAAAAAGAGUUGUCGUUUUUGACCAAGUGAUAAACUGUCCUUGUCCAAACCUCUUUUCAGUCUCCUCGGCUGAACUCGUGCAUACAUGUUUGAUAUCAGCUAUUGAGUAAGCGCUGGUGAUGGACUAUAUGUAAAGGAGUCGACCUGAGACUUCAGACUUGAACACUGAAAUGAGAAGAAAAGCUUGGUGAUGGAAAAUGUGAAGCAAUGCCUCCCAGUUGCCAAUAUCAGCCGUAGUCUCAUUUAAACUGAUUGCCUUCCAAUUCCUUUAUGUGAACUGUUGGACGCACUGUACAGAUAAAUGGUUAGACAAACAAACUACUGUAGAGAUUGUUAUAAAUUUUUUGCAGAAAUUUGAGCUGUAAAAAACUUUUCAACUUACACAAUAUUUAAUUAAAGUUACUUCUUGUCUGUGAAA